CCUGAUGGACGCGCGGUCGGUCUGGAUCUUGCGAGGGAUCACAAUGGUAAAGCCACAGGAAGAAAACAAGCAUUACACCGCUCUCAAGAGGGACUGUCUGCCUUGAUCAUCACAGCAUCCACAUCGUACCAUACCCACAUCCUGGCAACAGCUUACUUGCAUUGUCCCAAUACCUCUCCCGCCCUCGAAUAGUUUUCAGACAGCCGGAGGAGAAUCCAGAAAGGAUUUGACUUCCUCCACCACAGCAAGUGGCUUUGACGCACGACACAACCAUAGACAAUCCGCUUCGGAACCGAGCUGCUGGUGGUGGCGCAAGCAGAGGUAGCCCAAUCGUGAUCACCGAAGAAAGCAGCAACAACUUCUCCACCGGAAACGGCUCCAACAUGGAUCACAAUCAAUUUGAAAGCGUGAAACGGGAAGCCACAAAACUGGAACGUCAAUUGGAGGAAAAGGUUGCUCGAUAUCAACAGCUGGCCCAAAAAUGCAACGCCCAAUCAUCCACAACCAGUAAUUCAUGGAAUCAAAUGGAGCAAGGCCAAACGAAUGGAGGGUCGACUGAAAAAGAACAGGCCGCGGCGUUGCAACACGACAUUCAGCGUUCGAUGCAGGCACUCCAAGACUGUAUUACCUCUCGACUGGACCCAGCGGCGAAUACCUCCCAUCAGAUGUUGGUAGUAAAGCGAUAUCGUGAAAUUCUCUUUGAUUUGACGGGCGAUUAUCAAAAGGCUCACCAGGGUUGGCAGCGAUCGCAAGAACGGAUGGAAUUGUUCAAAGGAGCCGAUGGAUCCAAGGGCGGAGGCGAAGGCCAGGAUCCGGCCAUGGAUAAUUUGUUGCGAGAACGCAACCAUAUUCAAAACUCUUUGAAUGGGGCCAAUCAAACCAUCGAGCAAGCUUUCGCUAUUCGGGCCGAUCUAGGCGCACAGAGAAGCGGUUUAGGAAGGGCUCAGGCGGGCAUUGGGAGUAUUCUCACGAAUAUCCCCGGCAUUAAUGGACUUGUUGACGCUAUUCGAAGGAAACGAUCAAAGGACGACAAGAUUUUGGCUGGUGUGAUUGCUUCCUGUAUCUUUUUCACCCUGUGGUAUCUGUUCCAUUAAGAGCGUGGGAGUUAUGAAGAAAACGUGCCAACCUUUUUUUAAAAAACAAUCUGCUUCUCUCAAUUAAUUGCGGGAGAGAUCGCCGUGGCGCCGUUCUUUGCUCUUCCACCUUACAUUUCACUGAAAUGUGUUUUUCACGCUGCAUAUAUUUAAAACGAGUAGGCAGGAAUUAGUUGUGUUGCUAAACGAGUUGUCGUCGUCACGAAAUGGCAAAAGAAAAUCUGAUGGUUGUGGACCAAAGGCAAAUCAGACGAUACCAGGUUUAUGUAGCGCAACGUAUGAAGCCCAAUUUUUUAUCCUUUUUGUCCGAAGGUCUGAACACCCCUUUCCCUGGGGUGAGGCGGGUGCGGUCGUGACGGGAAAGAUGGGUGGCCUCAAUUCCCACCUGGCGCUUCGUUAUGAGGACGGGACAGAAACCCUUUCUUAGCAACGACGACCAACACCCAGUCCAGGUUACUACCUCUAGUUUCUAGCAAGGAGUGGCCUAGCUAGUUGAAAGUAAUUGUAAGGAAGUUGCAUAAUCAGUGUUGGGAAAUG